GGGAAUAGAUAAGGCUUGGCUUUUUUGAGCUACAAUUGUAAGAAGGUGAAAUUUCCGAUGUAUGUCAGACCAACCAACAGCGGGGACCAACAGUUACAUACUCACAAUCACGAGGUGGUCGAGGUGCAAGAUAUGAGAUAUAAAAUACAUAUCUUUCCGAAUCUCAAGCAUUUUCACUCAUGAACCAGAAGAGAUGAAGUAAGUGCUCAACUUCCCAACUCACGACACUAGCUCAACAUCUCCAUCUCCAUCUCAUCCCCAAAAAUGCCCCCCUUCACCAUAACCGAAGCGCACACCCGCGACGAAAUCAACAGCAUAGCACUACUCGUCCAAAAAGCCAACCGCACGCCCUACCGGCCCUUUGUCGCGAUCCAAACGCCCUCUGCGCCCGACCAUUCCACCGCGCUCAAACUCUCCCAAGAAUUGUUUUGGAAGAACCACACGCAUACACCGGGUAGUCAUUGGAUUACUGUUCAUGAUAGUGCAAGUGGAGAGAUUGUCGGCGCGGCGAAUUGGCUAGUUAACGAGAAGAAUAUUUUUCCGAAGCCGAUGCCGAAGAUUGAGGCGGCGUGGUGGCCGGAGGGGGAGGGGAGAGAAUUUGCGAAUUUUGUGUUGGCGCAGGCGUUUAGGCCGAGGGCUAGUUGGAUGAGGAGGGGAUGUGUGAUUCUCAAUAUCCUAGCCACGCAUCCCUCCUACCGUCGUCAGGGCGUAGCAAGUCUCUUGAUGCAAUUCGGAGAGGAUAAAGCUAGAGAACUUAAUUUGGAAUGCUGGAGCGAAGCAGAAGGUGGAGCAGGAAGAGAAGGAGCGAGAUUCCUACUCGAGAAACAUGGUUGGAGACCACUGAUCAAAUAUUGUAUUUAUGGAACCAAGGAGAAUAUGAGCGAGGAGUGGCUGGAAUUGUGUCAUAAAUGUUUGCCGCAGGAACAGUAUGCUAUGUGGAAACCAAAAGGAGGGGUCUGGACAGAAGACACGGUUUUGCCGUGGGAUUUGGGGGUGGAGAAUUAAGUAUGCGUGAAAUUGCUAUUUCUAAAAUGAAGGAAUUGGAUCUUGACGAACCAGAGGGAGGAGGAUAGGAAUGAUGAAACGCAUUGAUGGCUACGGAGAGUUUUGCAAGAGGGGAGAGAAUUGGCCGGUGAAGGGGCGGAACUAUUUACUAUUUGUAAAGACUAGCAAUCGAUUGAAGAUUUUCAAUGAUCCCCAAGUUCUUGAUUAUUAGACUGUAACUUGUACUGUGGAGAAUCUUAUGUAGCCUACACAGCUUGGUUUCAAACAAUGAAUCAGUUCCAGCUGAACCAUCA